AUGGCAACAUUAGACCCAAUUCCAGUCUGGCUUGAUUGCGAUCCAGGUAUGUCCUCUCUGGAGCUCAUAAAUGCUCUACAACUAACUUAUUUGUACAGGUCACGAUGUAAGCCUAUCAUUGAGAUAUUGAUGCUUCCCAUUGCUAGUCACAUCUCAAUAUUCCUUUGUUCCUCAACUCAACACAUUUUUCUUUGCCUUUCAAGAGCAGAUUAUGCAUUCUUGCCUAUAUAUUCGGUUCGACUUUGUUAUCAGGUCACUAACACCAUCUCUAGGAUGCAUUCGCAAUUCUCCUUUGCGCUCAUCACCCCUCGAUAAACUUUCUGGGCAUCACAACCGUACACGGAAACUCCUCUCUAUCCCACACCACCAAAAAUGCUCUCUCGCUCGUCACCGCUAUCGGCCGUCCAGAUAUCCCCAUCUACGCCGGCGCAGCAAAAUCACUCACCCGCCCGGCCGUCCAUGCUCCCGACAUCCACGGAAAGUCAGGACUUGACGGCACCUCACUGCUUCCCGUCCCAACUAUCACGCCUAUCGAAGAUGAUGCAAUUAAAGCCAUGGCUAAAGCACUCCUUGCCACUCCCCCUCAAUCAGCCUGGUUAAUCGCUACUGGGGCGUGUACGAACGUCGCGCAAUUAUUCUCAGCUCAUCCUGAUGUAGCACCUCAUCUCAAGGGCUUAAGUAUCAUGGGCGGCGCAAUCGGCGAUGGUUUCACCUCCGCACCCAUGGGUCGAGUCACAGGUGCCGCCAAAGACAGAAUUGGAAAUUGGUCUGAGUGGGCUGAAUUCAACAUCCUCAUCGAUCCUGAAGCUGCUGAUCAAAUAUUCACCAAUCCAGCCAUCAACAAGAAAACCAUCCUCAUCCCAUUAGACGUCACACAUCUCGUCCUCGCGACCAAAGAUGUCCUCGAGCUGCUAUCCUGGGGCAAAGAAGGCAAGAGCGAACAAACCGAUGAAAAAGUCAAAGCCAAGACAACGUUACGAACCAUGCUCGUCGAGCUCCUUACCUUCUUCGCAAAUCGGUACGCUGAGCAUUUCAGACUCACGGCCGGCCCACCACUUCAUGAUCCCCUGGCUGUAGCAGCUAUCUUCGACGGGAUCCCCGGUCUCGAAAUCCCUUUUCAUGAUUUCGUUGAUAGGGGAACGGGGUUGGAAGAGGGAUUGGGCAGUGGAGUUGGGGGAAAGAAGAGGAGACGAGAGAGGUACUCUGUACAUGUUGUUACGGAGGGGAGUCAUGAGGAUGCGCAGAAUGGGGCGGAGACUGGACGGACGAUCGUUAAGUUACUGGAUGAGGGUGAAGAAGGUGUGAAGAUUCCUAGGGGUUUGGACGUUGGGAAGUUUUGGGCGGUGCUGGAGGAUUGUUUGGAGAGGGCUGAUGAGGUUGUUGGGGAGAAGGGCAGGGAUUGA